AGCGUAUCCAAACGCCCGAGUCUCGCGGCCCGACGUCAGUCGCUUUUGCCGGCGUCCCAGCAACAUUUGAUCAACAGUCUGUUGGAGUCGACCCCGCUGUACUUCAACGGCGAUCAGGACGGGGAUUUUCCAGGAGCCGCCGCCGCAGAGAUGACCUACCGCAAGGUCUGGGUCAAACGGCCCGGUGGGUCCGCGACGCUGGUGUCUACGGCGGCAGACAGCCUCGUGGACGAGCUGAGGGACAUGGUGGUGCACAAGUACGCCAAUUCGAUCGGCAAGACCUUUGAUGCGCCCGACGUGUGCAUCCGUAUCCUGCCUCGGGAGGGGUCGAACCGCCAGUCGACCCCGGAACGCUCCCUGAGCCCCGAAGAGCCGCUACUUGCUGUCCUGGAUGCCUACUACCCCGGCGGACAAUCCAUCGAGGAGGCCCUGGUGAUCGAUGUCCCGCAACGGCGGACCCCCAAGCCGUCACCCCGUCACAAUGUAUACUACCACCAUUCCGAACCGGGCGAGCACGGCGACUAUUUCCCUCUCAUGCCCGUCAACCCGAAACUCUCGACCCCGAAUGCACACGGACCCAACUCUCUUCCAACCGUCAGUGGCGCCAAUGCACACACUGCGCCGUCCAUCUCGAUCUUGACCACCGGGAAACCACCGCCUAUCCCGUCGCCAGGCCGGGGAGCACGUCAUCCACGCCGCCCACAGCUGGUUCGACAUACGACCAAUUCUCCCACCAUGCUGGGGCCGGCUCCUGAAGUCCCUAACGAUGCGACUAUCACGGCUGCUAGCGGACAGCCUGCACCACCGCCGGUGGCCUCGGUGCCUACGCCACCCGCGCCUCCGCCUGAAUCGCCGCAGAACAAGGCUCUAACCCCGCCAACGCGGGGCGCCUCGCCGCGGCCCGGCCGCAAAAACAAGAAGGCCAGCACGCAGGCAGCUUCGUCGGCAGCCGCAGCCUUUGGCGGCCUGAUCGAAGGCACUGUGCCCCCGAUCAACGUGCUGAUCGUGGAGGACAAUAUCAUCAACCAGAAGCUGCUGGAGGCGUUUAUGAAACGGCUCAGCGUGCGCUGGAAAUGCGCGGCCAACGGCGAGGAGGCGGUGCGCAAAUGGCGCCAGGGCGGGUUCCACCUUGUACUCAUGGACAUCCAGCUCCCCGUCAUGAACGGACUCGAGGCAACCAAGGAGAUCCGCCGGCUAGAACGCUUGAACGGAAUCGGUGUCUUUCCCAAGACCGCUUCGGGGCGGUCGAGUGCGGCGAGCACCAAUGCCACCUCACCGGACGAGAGGACCCUGAAGGAGGAGGACACGCUCGGCGAUCUGUCCCUGUUCAAGAGUCCCGUCAUCAUCGUUGCAUUGACGGCCAGCAGUUUGCAGAGUGAUCGACAUGAAGCUCUAGCGGCUGGCUGCAAUGAUUUCCUCACAAAGCCCGUCGGUUUCCCCUGGCUGGAACAAAAGGUCACCGAAUGGGGCUGCAUGCAGGCCCUGAUCGACUUCGAGGGCUGGCGCAAAUGGCGCGGCUUC